GAAACUAAUUAAGGUGCAGAAGCAGAAAAGCAGGAAGAAGAAGAUCGAUCAUCGAUGGAGAGGGAUCAGGCGAUAGGACUGGAGAUCACGGAGCUCAGGCUUGGCCCGCCGGGAUCCAAGGGAAGCCGAGAGCCGGCCAUGGCCGCUGCUGCGCCGGCCACCAAGAAGAGGAGCUUCGCGACGGUGGCCGCCGAGAGUGAGGGGGAGAACGAGGAAGUGGUGGAGGACCCAAGGGAGGGGAAGGCCCAAAAGGUUGUGGGGUGGCCGCCCAUCUGCUCUUACAGGAAGAACAGCUUCAUGGGGAAGGCUGAGAGGUCGAUGGAGCUGUAUGUGAAGGUGAGCAUGGAUGGUGCUCCGUUUCUCAGGAAAAUCCACCUCAAGAGCCACGAUGGAUACGCCGACCUCUCUCGUGUCCUCGCCUCCAUGUUCUCCAAUCUCUCCCUCGAGGAUGAUUGUGGUAAUUCGGAGUACAUGACGGUCUAUGAAGAUAGGGAUGGAGAUUGGAUGCUGGUUGGAGAUGUCCCUUGGGAGAUGUUUGUGGAGUCAUGCAAAAGGCUGAGGAUUAUGAGAAGAACAGAUGCAAUCAACUUCGGCGAUGGAUUUGGACUUCCGAAGACGACGACCAACGCCCCUUCAUGUCAAUCAGAAAAUUGAAAAACAACCAAAAUGGGUCACACUUAGAUGCUUAGGAAUACUAUCUCCUCUCUCUCUAUCUCUAUUGUAUUACCCUGUCAGCCAAGGAAAAGGGAAAGAAAAGAGAGCAAACUUUGCUCCCUAAAUUAUAUGAUGAAGUAUAGAGAUGUUCAGCUUAUGAAAUGGAAAAAAAAUGAGAGCUGCAUGGCCCUGAGUUUAAUUUCGUUGUUGGAUGUGUAGUUUUUCUUGAUCUUCAACGUUGAAAUUAACCACAACCUUGGCUGGGAGAUAUCGUCGCUUGCCUAAGCGCGUGAAACCAUGUAGUCCCUUCUUCCCCCAGGCUGUACGCCUAGCUGUGUAUUUAUUUUCUUGUCUAGAAUUAAUAACUUGUACGUUAAUCUAUAUGUGAUAUUUCCUUUGUGAAUCA